AUGCCACUUUCCAAAAAGUCCAACUUGUCGAUAGCGAUCCAAAAAGCCGAUGCCAACCAAGAAAGCCAGCCCCAAACGCACUUCACGUAUAAAGCUGAAAAGCCGCCCGUGCGCCACAACAGCAUUAAUCAGGGCGAUGUGCUGGGAAUAGGAUUUCUCCCUUUGGCCGGGCUGGCGUCGACAGCCACUCUGUCGCCGCUGGUCAAGUCUUUCCGGCCCGACUUGGCCCCAAUAACGACCACUUUUGAUGAGCAUGAGAACCACGAAGAUGGCGACGACGACGACGAUGACGACGACGAUGACUACUCCAAUGUAAACCCCGAGAACGAGGAAGAUCUCAAGGACUACGUGCCUGGCGGGUACCACACGUGCUUCAUUGGAGAAACGUACAAGAACAACAAGUACACGUUGGUUCGUAAGCUCGGAUGGGGCCAUUUUUCGACGGUGUGGUUGGCCAGGGACAACGAUAAGCAGUGCCACGUGGCCAUGAAAAUCGUGCGCAGUGCGAAGCACUACACCGACACGGCCAUCGAUGAGAUCAAGCUUUUGGAUAAGGUCACCACUGCAGAAUUGCGCCAUCCGGGCCAUCAGCACGUGAUCCAGCUCCUCGACACGUUCACCCACCAGGGCCCGAACGGUGUCCAUGUCUGCAUGGUUUUCGAGGUCUUGGGAGAGAACCUACUUGGCCUUAUUCGCCGGUACAAACACCGUGGUAUUCCUGUGGUUUUUGUGAAGCAGAUCGCUAAGCAACUCUUGGCUUGCUUAGACUUUUUGCAUAGAAUGUGCGGUGUCAUACACACUGAUCUCAAGCCCGAAAAUGUGCUUAUUGAAAUAGGUGACGUGGAGCAGAUCGUCAAAAUGGUCGAAGAAGAGGAAAACCAAGUGAAACUCCAACGAAAGUUACUGCGCACAAAGUCGAGAACCAAUGUUCUUUCCAGUGCUGGCUCUGACACCCCUACCAGCCCCCAGUCCCCUAAUUUGGGAAGAAACGGAAGAGGUCUGCGCAGGCAGACCCUCAUUACUGGAUCCCAGCCAUUGCCCUCGCCUUUGAGGUCCUUCAGCAAGGCUUUUGCUAAUGUUCAAGGCAUAGCAGCUACCACCAGCAACACACCCGUGAAGCCUAUUUUGGGCCAGUCCCCUUACAUCAUGGAAGGAUCCUCGUUUAAGGUGAAUGAAACCCAUGAGGCAUCAAUGGGACUCGCACAGACCACGGGUAUCCCGAAAUCCGAGACCAAUGAGAAAAGCUUGAACAACUCCCUCAACUCGAUGUCAAUUUCUCACAAUGGAAACAACCCUGGAACAUUUUUCGGAGAAUCAAACGGCAAACCAUGUAACGAGCAUACAGUCAUUAACGAGGAUGAAUUGAUUUCAGUGAAAAUUGCUGAUUUGGGAAAUGCAUGCUGGGUUCAUCAUCAUUUCACGGACGAGAUCCAAACUCGGCAGUACAGGUCCCCAGAAGUUCUCCUUGGCUACCACUGGGGUGCCUCGGCGGACUUAUGGUCUUUCGCAUGUUUGAUAUUCGAGUUAUUGACAGGAGACUAUCUUUUCGACCCUAGGAAUGGCAAAUCGUACACCAAGGACGACGACCACAUCGCGCAGAUCAUCGAGUUGAUUGGAUACUUUCCUCGGACAAUGUUGAAAGAGGGUUUCAACACCCGUGAAUUCUUCAACCAUAAAGGCGAGCUUCACCGUAUCUCCAAGUUAAAGCCAUGGGGCUUGAAGAACGUGUUGAUUGAAAAGUAUAAGUUUCCUGUGAGCGAUGCCGUGGAGAUUGCUGACUUUCUUCUGCCAAUGUUGACAUUGCAGCCCGAAAUGAGGGCUGACGCCGGUGGUAUGAUCAACCAUCCCUGGCUCAGCGAUGCGUUGGGACUCGAAAACGUAGUGCUCGAGCGGCCGGUUGGCGGCUCUGGCGAAGACAUUCCAGGAUGGUCCAGAGAAGGUGGCCAUCCCAACCAGGGUAGCAGACACAACCAUCGCCAGUAUUUUGCUCAUCAGUGA